AUCACCUUACUUUUCCACUCUCAUUAUUAUUUUCCAUUAAUAGCCACUAACCCUGUUGCUCACAUCGCAAGGCAAUAGAUUAACUUCAUUUGCAGCGCAAGUCCAGGGAAAAUGGCCUGGCGGAAUCAAGGAGUCACAGGCUCCAACAACGUCCCUCUGGGCCGGAGACGGUUUGGUGGUGAUGAUCCCGCAGAGGAGGAGAGCCGCACAGCAACUCCUUCGUCUGUCGGGGAGCACAAGCGUGGCAGAAGUCCUGUUCGGGCUGACCCUCCAGCUGACGGGGUCAAGAAGCGCAAGAAGCGCAACCGUUGGGGCGAUGCGCAAGAGAACAAGGCUGCCGGUCUCAUGGGCUUGCCCACGAUGAUCAUGGCAAACUUUACCAAUGAGCAGCUUGAAGCUUAUACGCUUCAUCUCCGUAUUGAGGAGAUUAGCCAAAAGCUUCGUAUCAACGAUGUCGUCCCAGCGGAUGGUGACAGGUCUCCGUCACCCCCUCCGCAGUACGAUAACUUUGGCAGACGUGUAAACACUAGGGAAUACCGUUACCGGAAGCGCCUCGAGGAUGAGCGGCACAAGCUCGUCGAGAAGGCCAUGAAGACCAUUCCUAACUACCACCCGCCUUCUGACUACAGACGUCCUACCAAGACUCAGGAGAAGGUCUACGUUCCAGUGAAUGACUAUCCAGAAAUUAACUUCAUUGGCUUACUCAUAGGACCUCGUGGUAAUACCUUGAAGAAGAUGGAAACCGAAUCCGGUGCCAAAAUUGCUAUUCGUGGCAAGGGCUCUGUCAAGGAAGGAAAGGGACGCUCUGACGCCGCUCACGCUAGCAACCAGGAAGAAGACCUCCAUUGUUUGAUCAUGGCAGACACUGAAGAAAAGGUUAACAAGGCAAAGAAACUGGUGCAUAACGUUAUUGAGACGGCUGCUUCAAUUCCCGAGGGUCAGAACGAGCUCAAGCGGAACCAGCUUCGAGAACUUGCCGCUCUUAACGGUACUCUGCGUGAUGAUGAGAAUCAGGCUUGCCAAAACUGUAAGUACAUCUGUGCGCUGCAACUUGUUCGGUUUUUCUGACUCUUUUCAGGUGGCCAAAUUGGACAUCGCAAGUAUGACUGUCCAGAACAGCGCAACUUUACCGCCAACAUCAUCUGUCGUGUUUGUGGCAACGCUGGUCACAUGGCCCGUGA